AUGUCGUCAGCGUCGCACCGCCAGUCGUACCAGCCUCAACAUGGGCACAGCAAUAGCAGCAAAGACAUGGGAAGAUCGCGGCCUCAGUCUCAAGCGCAGCAUCCUGUCGACCCCGACGAAGCUCGAAGCUUUGCGCUGCGCACCGCCUAUCUGCACUACCUGUUGCAACCCAAAGCCAAACGAAAGCAAUAUGUCCCGGCUCCGAAGGUGCCCACUCGAACACACACCAGCGUGGGACAGCUCGUGCAAGACUUUGUGUCGGGAACCUCUACGAGCAUCAAGCUACCUCAUAACUUCGCUGCCGCUCUGCUCGACCGUGUGGGUGGCGUGUUGAGGGGCAGCGAGGCCCUGCCUGGUUACAGCGAUGCUGCGGUCAAGAGAAGCUUUGCCGAGGCGUAUACGGCCUUCUCCGAGAAGACAUUUCGAAAGACAAUCGAGAAGGAAAGGAAGUUUGAGCCCUUGGUCUUGAUCUUCUACUCUGCAGCGACGAAAGCCGCCCAGAAAGGAAAGGCAGCUGACGAUGAAUCCGACUCCUGGAAGCUACUCCCAGACCGCCACCUGGCCAUGUUUGUGAGGCUUGCCGCAAAUGUCAUGAAAGACCUUGGCCAUGACCGAGAUCGCCCCGAACUAAUGACUAGGCUCAAAGAUCUAGAGACCAAGCUUCUUCGAAACGACCAGGACCUGGUUAGCAACAGCACUGCUGGUACGGGUACCACAAUCGAAGUGAUUGUGCCCCUGAGCUACGAGGUCAAGGACAUGCCCAUGGUGCAGGUGGUUGCAAGCAUUUUUGGAAUGGGCCUCUCAGAGGUUCAGAAGGAACUCAACGCAAACCGUCAGGUAUGGACAGAAGAGGCCGCUCUCAAAGAUCUCAAAUCAUACCAGACUAGGCUAAAUGCCAAUCUACCUGGCACGCUGAGCAGUCAUGAUUUUGAUGUUGAAGAUGGCUUUACCGAGUGGAAAAAAUCCGAGGCUACACAUCUCUCACAGAUGAUGAUGGAUAUCUUGACUGCCAAGCCAGAGUUGGCAAAAACCAAAACCGGUCCCAUCGAUAAAUCGUUGCCGAGUCGACCGGGAUCACUUUACGCAGAUGAUCAGGCAUAUGCUGAUCUGAGCCGUGUGAUAUCUGACCCAGAUUCCUCUUCCUUCGCCUUUGAUCCAUCCAUCAGCCUAAGUUCCUUAGCGAUUGGCGAAUCAAGCAGUAUCAGAACCGUAGAUGAAACGAUAUAUACGUUUACACCCCCUAACCCCAGGGCAUUUUACAAAUUCAUUCUUCAGCAAGCAAUGCUGUUUGAUCAGAUCCAUGCCGAUCCCAACAUGGACUACCAGCCGCUGUCACACAAGUCCAUGGACCUGAUGAAUGAACUUUGUGUACGGUGGCGCAUCCCGCAGUUCUCGCGACUCGUCGUUCUCCUGGAAGCAGCCGCCAAUCAAUUCAUUGAGAAAGAGAUAGCCCCCGAAGACCUUGAUGCUGUCUUUGACAUGAUCAAGUCUCCAUCACAGGAGCUCAAGAAGCCACCCCAUAUACAUCAAUACAACGCACCCCUGACCGAUUUUGACCCUAGCCGUUGGACGAUGCAUGAUUUUGCCGCUUACCAGCACACUCUUCAUAUUCUUCACGAUGCACUGUUGCAAGAACUUUACGACCUCCUGGAAGGAUGCUACGAGGUUAAGCCACCAAACAUUGGGCCUGUCAUGUACCUUUUAGAGAAUCAUAUUGGCCAAGACGCAACCUUUUCUCCCCGAGCCGAGGUGAUGGAAGACUUCAGGAAGCUCCUGGCCGAGCGUCUGGCCCACAAAGCUACGGAAAUAUACCACGAAACUAUGCAGAAACAGAUACCAGAGCGAAAGGAAGAAUGGGACUUUGCUCACGUUGUCAAACUUGGCAAGGCAGUGUCCAAGGUGUGCGACCGAAUUCGAAAGCGAUAUAAAAAGACUGCUAGCAUCAUGGGGGUCGAUCCGCUGAGCAUUUUGGUCUAUGAGGUGUUCCCGAAAUUUGAACAAGAUGCAAGCGCCAUCAUCCAAAUCAUUAUGCAAGGGGCCAGCGAGGGGGGUGAGGAAAUCGACAUCCAGGACGGCUUUGAGCUUUACAAGGAGCUGAAGGAUAUCCGCGGAAUUCACGAAGAGUUCCUUCCCAAAGAGCCUUUUGCCUUCAACAUUGAAGACUUACUUGUCGACUUUGUGUGGCGCUGGCUACACUCGGCCGAGACUCGGAUGACAGAUUUUGUGGAUGAAGCAAUCAAGCAAGAUCAGUUCCAAACAGUAGAUCAAGUUUUCAAGCUGGAAUGGGCUAAUGCAGAGCACCAUGCCAGGUUCAUGACCUCAUUAGCAAAGAACUUUUCCACAGGUAUUGGUCGAUACUGCGAAACUGUUGACCAGCAGUUUGCAAAGGAAAUGGAUCGGCCCUCUGCCCAGGAGCUCGCAGCACAAACCCAAACUACCCAGGAGAAGUGGAUGCAGUAUGCCAAAGACGCAUGGAACAACAAGGAAAAGGCUGAACCAUUUCAGUUCUUCCCAGAGUCUUUUGUUAAGCUCAACAACAUCGAGUAUGCCAUGCAAGAGCUUGACAAAUUAGAAAAGACAAUGAAUGUCGAGGCUUGUGCGGCUUUGCUAGAAAAGAAAGAUGGACCUAAGAAGAAGACACGAAAGCCAAACAAGUAUACGUUCACCAUCAAGGUUGUAGAGGCUGAGGAUCUCAAAGCCUGCGAUCCGUCAGGCUAUAGCGACCCGUACGCAGUCUUUGGUGAUGAGUAUCAGAAGCGACUUCACAAGACGCGUAUCAUUCACCGGAACCUAAACCCUCGCUGGGAUGAAUCCUUUGACAUUACAGUCCAGGGACCCGUUAACGUCAUUGCGACGAUAUGGGAUUAUGAUACUUUUGGAGAUCACGACUACGUCGGACGAACCUCUCUGAAGCUGGACCCCAACCACUUUGGAGACUAUCUCCCCCGAGAGUUCUGGCUGGACCUGGACUCACAAGGCCGCCUGCUGAUUAGAGUCAGUAUGGAAGGAGAGCGUGAUGACAUUGUGUUCCACUUUGGAAAAGCUUUCCGCCACCUAAAGCGCACAGAAAGAGACAUGGUUCGAAAAAUUACGGAUAAGCUCACCGUUCAAAUUAACGAAACCCUGUCGCUGGAGACUCUUAGGAGCCUUAUAGGGUCUGGAGGCGUAGGCGCAUCGAUUACGAGUCUGUGGAAGAAGCGAACGUCCACCAAUACCCCUUCGACAGGGCCUACCCAGGCGCAGAUUGAGAGCGCUCUCACCAAUCUGUUUUCUUAUUUUGAUGACAACUUUGCCAUUAUGAAGAUGACCCUAACAGACGCUACAAUGAUAGCUGUUAUGACUCGUCUGUGGAAAGAUGUCCUCAUGACGAUUGAGAAUCUUCUCGUCCCACCAUUGUCAGAAAAGCCGUCGACCCAAAAGCCUCUCUCGCGAAGAGAGCUCGACAUUGUGUAUCACUGGCUGGAAAUGCUUUUCGUCUUCUUCAAUGCCAAGGAUGAGCACUCGGGCGAGCAACUCGGAGUUCCCGCCGAAGUACUCAAGUCGCCUAAGUGGCACGAACUGGCCUCGCUGAACUUUUUCUACUUUGAAGAUACCAGCAAUCUCAUUCGGGAAUCGGAGCGCAUGGCUGCGGCCUCAGCACAGCGAGCUCAGCAAGCUUUGCAGCAGCAGAAUCAGCCGCAGAGUCAGUCGAGUAAUAGGCUGGCAGUGCCGUCAAGCUUGGGAGCAUCUCUGGGCGGGGCCGGCUCGUUUGCAAGUAUGGGCACCAUCAGGCGUGGUAAGAGUAUCAUGAUGAGCCGCAAUCUGGGCACGAUGCGUAAGGCCAAGGAGGCGAAGAGACGCGAGAUGCAGGCAGAUGCCAGUGACGAUAUGAUCUUACGAAUCCUGCGUAUGCGUCCCGAAGCGGCAAACUAUCUCAAGGAGAGACAGCGUCAGAAGGAACGACAGGCCGCGACGGCAGCUGCAGCGCUCAUUGUUAGGAACAGCGUGAACCAAGGCUGGAAUUCUGGACCGGCCUUUUCUGGCGCGCCGUUUGGGCGAAACAGCCUUUUGCCUAACAGGAGAUGA